CGGUUCCUUGUGUUGUGCCUAGGAGAGUCAGAUGUGAUGUGGUAGUUGUGAGGAAAGGUGUGCAAUAUUUUUGGUGUACGCAUAUCACUUGUUUUCUCUGAGGAAUUACCAAAGGCAGUGAAGAGGGCACUUGAGGAACCCGAGUCCACCUGAUGAGCAAUGUCCCGAGAAUACCGUCAGCAUUCAAAAAGAAUGGCAUCAAACGGUCGUCCCCUCGAUCUGGGCGACCCUUGUACCCCGAUGGCGUGGCAGCAAAGGGACUUGAAUUAUCACCAGAGCGGAUAUCAAGACAGAUAUGGACCAGGUGCAGUGGGUGGAGGAAGCAGUAGGAUUGGUCCUCCCUCUACCAGUGACAGAUUAAGCCACCACACUGAUAAAUCUUGGAGAACACAUCGUGACUCCCGUGAUUCUGGUCAGCCUCAUCUUGUGCCUUAUGGAGGUCCACAGUAUGGAAGUGGUCCCCCACCAGCUCAUUAUCCACCAUCUCGUCCUUCUUAUUCUAGCGGUCGUCCUCCAUCUAAUCAACAUUCUCCAUCUAGUACCUCAUCUUCUUCCUCCUCAUCUACAACUAGUGAAGAAGAUAGCUCACAACAGCAUGGCGAUGUGAUGCCCCCUGGACCUUUGCCUCCAAUGCCUCAUCCAAUUUAUGGUUAUGCAGGAUAUCCUCCUGGUCCGAUGGGGGUUGCUCAAGGUUACCCAGGUACUUUGAAAUCUGCACGUUCAGUGCCUGCUCUUGCCUUGGCAACUUGGGAUGGAGAACCUUGUCCAGUACAUGGUGGUGGACCUCUACCAGGUGGACCUAUGUCAUUCCCUCAUCCACAUGGCAUGCCCAUGCCUCCACCACCACCAGGCUAUCCAAUGAUGCCACCAGGGCCACUGUCACUACCACCACCACCAGGAUCUACACGACGUGCCAGUUCUAUUUAUGACAUGCGUAUAACUUCACCACAUCCAGGUGCCAUUUAUGGUACACUACCUGUAAGGAAUAUCCCGGGAGAUCGGAGAAGUCUUGCUGGAUCAACUAUCUUAGGACCAGCAGCACCUGGUGCUCCACCAGGAAUUCCAACCCACUUGCUUCCACCAAUGGCACGUCCACGUCCAUUGGUGCUGGGAGAAAAGGGUACUCCUGAACCUCUGCCAGUAAGAAAUGGAGAUAAAAAUGGAUCUUUACCUCCUGGAUUAUCAAUGAAGGCAGCUUCAUCAGUUGGGCACUCUGAAGAGGAUGAAAAGAAGUCUAACGGUAUUUGUUGUCGAGGUGGUGCCUGUGUUGCUUGGGUUAUCUUGGCUGUAGUUUGUCUAGGAAUUUUAUUGGCAGUCAUGCUCAGGUUCAUCUUGUAAUUACCUUAGUGCAGUGGGAUGGGACAUGCCCAUAAGUGUCUCGAAGUGUAGAAUAAGAUAAAACAAGCCAAUAAUUGAUUGAUUCAAUUAUGCAAGAGUAAUGUUCUAAAAAAUUUACAUUUCUAUUAUUAUUAAGUAUUUUAACCAGACCAUUGAGCUAGAUAUUUAGCUAUCACGUUGGCCAUUGACUUUUUUUUAAGCAAAUUAAACCAAUAAUUGUGUUUAGCACUAUUUAAAUGUACAGGUUCAAUUUCCUUGGCAUGAAGUUGCCAAAAAAGUUUAAUAUACUGUAUUGUUAGUAAAACAAAUACAUACCAAACAGUUGUAAUUGACAUUUUCAAGAAGCUGAUAUGAAAAAUUACACAGUAUAAAACUUUUACACUGAGUUUUGUUUCAAGACUAAUGAUGCAGCCAUUGGCUAACAUUAUUAUAGUUUUCUAUUUUAUGCCUGGGCAUAAAUAUAGAUAAGAUACUUGUACAGUAUAUUAAUUCCAUGGUACAUAAAGUGCCAUUAAGCAAUUUUCUUACUCUGUACAGUAAAUGUUUGAUAUUUUCAUACUAUAUAAAUACAAUUACAUUUUUAAGGAUACAUGUAAAUAAUUUAACUAUUAUAGAUGAGGCAUUAACGGUCAUAUAUCAUACUUUUAAGCCUAAUUAUUUAUAAUUAAUGGUGCUGGGAUUCCUUGUUGACAUAUUGUACAUAAAGUAUUUUAAAUUAAACACUGAAUAGUU